AUGUCUUCCAACCGCAGGGCCUUGAGUUUCAACAACCCAAGAGUUAAUAGGAGCUGUUGGGUUUCGCGGCGAUUGCAGGUGCUGCUUGUGAUCGGAUCAGUGCUCUCCUUUAUAUUGGCCCCAUGGAUUGGUUAUGUAAAUAUCCUGCCCAAUAUUGGUGAUUCCAUUCAUGAAUAUGACAUUCUUACUUCUAAUCAUUCAGCAGGUGGUUGUGAUGUUCUUGAUGGAAGAUGGGUAAUGGAUGAUAGUAACCCUUUGUACAAUGCUUCAGAAUGUCCUUUUGCAGAGCAGGGAUUCAAUUGCUUGGGCAAUGGUCGGCCAGAUAAGGAUUAUGAAAAAUGGAGGUGGAAGCCCAAGAAUUGUGACAUUCCAAGAUUUAAUGUGCGGAGUAUUUUGGAUAUGUUUCGAAACAAACGAGUUGUUUUUGUUGGUGAUUCAAUGGGUAGAACGCAAUGGGAGUCUUUAAUAUGUUUGCUUAUGAGUGGAGUGGAGGAUAAGAGGAGUGUUUAUGAAGUCAAUGGGAAUAAGAUAACAAAAUCGGUUAGAUAUUUGGGUGUGAGAUUCAGUUCCUUGAAUUUCACUGUUGAGUUCUUUCGAUCAGUUUUCCUUGUGCAACGUAACUGGGCACCUAAACAUGUACCAAAUAGGGUCAGGUCCACCAUUGAGUUGGAUAAGAUGGACAGUAUUAGCAAUAAGUGGAUUGACUCAGAUGUUCUUAUAUUCAAUUCUGGGCAUUGGUGGGUGCCAGGGAAGCUUUUCGCGAUGUAA